UAUCCUCCUUGUCAGUUUCCGCAUUACGUUUCAGAUUCAAUCUUCUUCCUUACACGCAUCCAUGGCUUCUCUCCAAUUCACCAAGGUUGCCCACAGCAACCGCAAUUCAUUUGCCGACCUUGCUGUCACUCGCCGUGCUACUCCUCCGACGAGAUCCACUCGAGUCGGGUUCAAGGUCUUGGCUUCGAAAUCUGAAACCGAGCCGGAUUUGAGUGUGUGCGUUAAUGGAUUCCAGAUGCCCAAUCCCUUUGUGAUCGGGUCGGGUCCACCCGGAACUAACUACACGGUCAUGAAGAGAGCCUUUGAUGAAGGUUGGGGAGCUGUCAUCGCCAAGACUGUGUCAUUAGAUGCUGCCAAGGUUAUCAAUGUAACUCCAAGGUAUGCCCGGCUACGAGCAGGAGCGAGUGGCUCGGCCAAAGGACAAAUAAUUGGGUGGGAGAACAUUGAACUCAUCAGUGACCGCCCUCUUGAAACUAUGCUGAAAGAAUUUAAGCAACUGAAAGAAGAGUAUCCAGAUCGGAUUCUCAUUGCCUCUAUUAUGGAGGAAUAUAACAAAGCUGGCUGGGAAGAACUUAUUGAUCGAGUAGAGCAAACUGGGAUUGACGCCAUUGAAGUUAAUUUCUCAUGCCCUCAUGGUAUGCCUGAGCGGAAAAUGGGUAUGGCUAUGGGACAAGAUUGUGCACUGUUGGAGGAAGUUUGUGGAUGGAUAAAUGCAAAAGCGACUGUUCCUGUGUGGGCAAAGAUGACUCCUAACAUCACUGACAUCACAGUGCCAGCAAGGGUGGCUUUAAGUACUGGUUGUGAGGGGAUAGCUGCUAUAAAUACCAUCCAGAGUGUGAUGGGAAUCAGCCUUGAUACUUUACGCCCAGAGCCAUGUGUUGAGGGCUACUCAACUCCUGGGGGUUAUUCUUGCAAAGCAGUCCAUCCUAUUGCUCUUGCUAAAGUGAUGAGCAUUGCACAAAUGAUGAAGUCGGAGUUUAAUAAGAAGGAUUACUCACUUUCUGGCAUUGGGGGUGUCGAGACCGGGGGUGAUGCUGCUGAAUUUGUUCUUCUUGGUGCAAAUACUGUCCAGGUAUGUACCGGUGUUAUGAUGCAUGGGUAUGGUCUUGUGAAGAAACUCUGUGCAGAGCUCAAGGAUUUCAUGAAGAAGCACAACUUCAAAACAAUAGAAGAUUUCAGAGGGGCCUCCCUUCCAUAUUUCACCACACAUACAGAACUCGUCCGUCGACAAAAAGAAGCUAUCCGGCAAAGGAAAGCUGUUAAAAAAGGCUUAGAUUCGGAUAAGGACUGGACUGGAGAUGGGUUCGUGAAGGAGACAGAGAGCAUGAUUUCGAACUAGUUGCACUGCAAAAUGAAGCUUCUUUCUUUCUCUCUUUGUAUUGAAGGAUUAGAAAUAAUGGGGUUUUAGUUAUGUUUUGGUGCAUAUUGGAAAGGGAUGGUUGAAAGUGCUGAUGUUAGGACUCUCGGAGAGAGAAAUUGUUAAUAAAGCAAGUGCAUAUGUUUCA